AUGUUAUUUGAUGCAUUUUCUCAAGUUUCUAGAGCUUCUGGUCUAGCGGCUAAUAUUGAUAAAAGUAAUAUAUACAUUGGUGGUGUUAUUGCUACUGAAAGAGAGGCAAUUGUUGCUUCUGUGCAUAUUUCUAAAGGCCAAUUCCCUUUUCAGAUAUUUGGGAGUACCUCUGACUACCAAGAAACUUGGCAUACUGAUCCCUCAAAGAAAUCUUUAGUGACAUGGCAUAGUUUAUGCUUACCAAGGAGUGCAAGUGGUUGGAACUUGAAAGAAAUGAGUUUAUGGAAUAAAGCUGAUGUGUCCAAUCUGCUGUGGGCCCUUACCCAUAAGAAAGAUAAACUUUGGUGUAGAUGGGUCCAUGCCUAUUACAUCAAGGGAAGAUCCUUGUCUACUCAGUGGCCUUCUACAAUUUCCUGCUCACUGAGGAAAAUUCUUUCUUCUUAUCAGCUCAUUCAUGACGUAGGUGGAUGGGAGAAUGUGUGCAGGAAAAGUAAGUUUUCAAUCAAGCUUAUGUAUCAAGCCUUGCUAGGCAAUCAUGAGAAAGUUACAUGGAGAAGAAUUUUGUGCAAUAACUCAGCUACCCCUAAAAGCUUUUUUAUCACCUGGUUAACACUUUGGAAUAGAUUGCCUACUAAAGACAGGUUGUUGACUUGGAAGGUGGUCACUGAUGAUCAAUGCCCUUUGUGUUCUAAGUGUUCCGAGUCAGUGUCUCAUCUAUUUUUUGAAUGUGAUUAUGCUACUAGUAUUUGGCAAAAGGUUCUGCAUAGUCUUUAG